UCCUUAUGUCUGUCUGAAAACAAAUGAAACAAUCACCAUACUUUUAGAUGUUUCUUUCAUUUUCAAAACAGAUGGAUUCACUAACUCCUCUGAACGCAUACAAACUUGGCUAGUGUGUUGUCUGUGAGUUAGUAUGUAAUUAUGUAAUGUAGGCUAUAUAAUUUAAUGUCUGCCAUGUGUUGAGGAACAUUCCGGACUGAGUGUCAUGAACGCCACUUCUGGCUGUUCGUUGAAUCCAGCUUCAUUGGCUCUAUGGUCCGCUUUGGCUUUGAAGACCACCGUGGAUUUCACUUUCUGUCCAGCCAUCAGACUGCAGUCUGCGGCUACACAGCGCUCUAUAAUCACCAUGGUGAUCUGGUAUUCCGUGCCUCGUUCCUGGCAUGCCACGUUGACAACCAGCAGGACAGUGAGUACAGUCUACGGUUGUGGUUGCAAAACACGCAGGUAAAUGGGGAAGUGGCUGUUUACCCCUUCCGGCUCCGCUGCUUCACCUUGUGGCCAUGGGGAGUACGAGAGGUGGCCUGUGAGGAGAACUACAUGGAGGUGUCCAUCCAGCGUCCAGUUUUAACUGUCUUUUCUCACGGACAAGAGAAGGUUCUGCUGCCCCAUUAUGGGUCUGGAGAGAAGUCAGAAAAGGAAUUGAACUGGACUGUGAUGUUCCACAGAGCAGGAGCCGACCCAGAAGACACCCGGCCCAGAUCCCUGGUUGAGGCCAGUACCCUGGGCUACCACCUGUCUGAGUCUGGCUCUCGUAUCGUUCUCCGUUGCCCCUACUCCUCUCCCCUAUCCUACACCCUGAAGGAUAAAGGGGUGGAAUUGGAUGUGGUCAGUGCCACCAUCUUGUACCCUCUGCUAGGCACUGUUCUCGUUAUCGAUGCCACUGUGGCUUGCACCAUGAAUGAGCCCACAGUAGAAGGGUCCCACCUGCUGUGGUCUAUCCCCCUGUUCCUCUUCCCCCUGGCCCCUGGGGGUGUCUCUAAGGACAGGGGCAUCAGGAUAGGGUUGGAGACCCGGGCCCUCAGCGAGAGAGAGAUCAAGGACAAGGGCUUUGAGAUUGGCCUGAGGGACGGGAUGGUGGAGAUCCGGAUUCCCUUUGGCACCGAGGGUGGGCAUAUUGAGAGUGGUGUGGUGGACGGCCAGUACUCCCAGUCCAUGUCUGUCAACCUCUUCUAUGUGCACCAGUGGGAGGACAAACACUGGCCCCUCACACAGCUCCGCUCUCACCGGCUCCUCAAGACCCCCUACAUUCCACUCCCCCUCACCCUCAUCAACCACACCGUAGUCUCCCAGCGCGUGUUCUCGGUCAGUCUGGGUACGUUUCUUCCUGACGUGGACCUCCAGAGCCUCACCGUGGGUGACACCCUGGUCUGGACCCAGUGCCAGAGCCAGAACGAGGUGGAGGUGGACCUCAUCCCCCACCCCAAUGGGUCACACUCCUACCGGCUACACGUCCCCUUCUCAUACCCGCAUGUCCUGCACAAAGAUGUGGGUGACGGUUACAUUAGUUACACCCUCCCUCUCGUCUUUACCCUGUUCGUCUCUGCUCGUGACCAAGUCUUCCACCAUGCAGACAUCAUUGUCAGUCGUGUGCUAGAACAGCCAGCCCCGGAGGGCCUCCGACUGGAGGGGCUGUGUACUGAGAGGGGCCUCCUGGUGCUGCUGCACCAGGGGGCCCGGGAACUGCAGUGGGAGCUCUUCCUGGGGCCCAACCGGAUUGACUGGAAACUGAUUGAGACGGGAGGUUUCACAGUGGAGACCAAGCAGGAUCUAGUCAGUGUGGAGAUCCCUCUCUUCAGCCCUGGCAUGACCUAUGAGGAACUGAGUUUGCAAGGUCUGGUUGCCAAAGUAGAGGUGAGCCUGAUUGAUGUGGACUCUCUGAAGGUGAAGGAUAGCCUUGUCCAACGCUGUGCUUUUCCUGUCAGGGAGCUACUGGUGUGCUUACCAGAAGGGAGGAUGGUGGCAGUGGUGGACACCACACACUCAAUCCCGCCCACUCCACCCAACCGCACCACCUUAUUGGACCCCAGCUGUGUCCCUGAGGAAACAGACAGUGCCAGGGCCCUAUUCAGUUUUGGUUUGGACUCCUGCGGUACCACCGUAACUACAGAAGGUGACUUUCUAGUGUAUGAAAACCAGGUGAGAUAUGCCCAGCAGCUUCUACCCACAGAUGACCCUCUGAUACACAGAGACUCCCCCUACAGGUUGACUAUUCAGUGUCGCUAUCCUGCCGAUGACACUGUCACUGGCUCUGUCUAUCACCGAGGAAACUCAACUUCUCUCCUCUCAAACCUGCUGUUGAGCCGAGCUCGUAGAGAGGACUGUCCUCGGGAAGUGACAAGUCAUUUUGGAUGGAUCGAAAUUGGCCUGGACCAGACACGUCUGGACUACCUUGAAGGAUGACUUGGAUGUUGAUCCUGAAGUUCACAAUUCUACUGAUGUGUUUGGGAAUGGCUAUGCACUGUGCCACUGGAAACAACAGUCACACCCAGAAAUAAAAAACAACUGAAUAUGUUUUGUGGUUUACAUGAAUGAAUGAAUGAAUGAAUGACAAGUGAUCCAGGCAGAGGAGUCAGGAUGUGGUGGAUGGGUGCUACAGUGUCAGCUGGGCUGUCUGGAGCUUUGACAAUUCCAUCGAGGAGGGGGUGAGACUCGAGCAUGGAAUUGCAAGUGACAAGUAGAAGCUAUAGUCAGCUAUUGACUGGAUUUAAGUAUAUGUUGUGUUUAACUGAUGGGAAAUAGGUGUGUAAUUGAGGUGAUUGGCUGAUGGUCUUAAAAUGUGCGGUGUGGUUCUUUUUCUCCCGAGCCUCAGUUGAAUCUAACUAAAUGUUUACAUGUUAUUUUCAGUAAUAGGCUGUUCAAAUAUGAUGUGAUUAACAAUGGUCAGCAUACAGUGCUUACCAUAGUUAUGAUAAUUAUAUAUUCUUAUGGUAAAUACUUUUUGAGAUGGUAUAUGAUGCUCCAGGACAAAUCCAACCUUUAAAAGUUAGGAAAGUAAGAUCUUACUAUUCUGUGAAAUAUGUGAUGGACUUCACGUGUGAACACAUAUGUGAAGGACUUCACUGGGCUGGCCGCUGCCACCUGUGUCUGGACUCCAUGGGGGAUUCCUCUUCGGGCUGAAGCUCAUUGAUCAUUGA